CGGGACGGGGGCGGGGCGGUCACGUGCGCCGGAGGGGGCGAGGCCCCGAGCCGGCCCGGGAGCGAACCGAGUCCGGCGAAGAGGCUGCGCCUGAAGAACUGUUUCCUGGACGGAGAGCUUGAACCUCCGCAGGACGCCUGGGGAGGACUCAAGACACCGGCGGCCAGGACCGCACUCGGGGACAGACGACGCCGAGGAAACGUGGGAGCAGAGCUUGGGGGUGAGCGAAGGCGCCCCUCUCACGGCUUUUACACAGGCUCGGAACUCCGUUUAUUCUGGGGCGGGCUGGGGCAAGUGCCACGUCAGCUCUAGGUGACCAGACGAGGCCACUGUCUCUUAAGUUGUCUAGAGUCCUCAGCACUUGUCUAGGACGCCAGGAGAGGCUGUGGUCAUGGUGAAUGAAGAUCCUAGCCACGAAGGGCUCGAUGGCGCGCCAUCGCAGACUUCUGCACUCCAGGAGAACCCCAACCUCGCUGUCCAACCCAGCGUCUCCGCCCACCCCAGCUUCUCAGCCCACGCUAGCACCUCCGCGCAUCCCAGCGUCUCGAUCCACCCCAGUGUCUCUGUGUACCCCAGUAGUUCAGCCCACCCCAGUACCUUGGCUCAACCCAGUGGCUUGGUCCAACCCAGUAGCUCGGGCCAACCCAGUAGCUCCGGCCCUGAGGACCUUAGCGUGAUCAAGGUGAGCAAGCGCCGGUGGGCAGUGGUCCUGCUGUUUAGCUGCUACUCCAUGUGCAACGCUUUCCAGUGGAUCCAGUAUGGCUCCAUCAACAACAUCUUCAUGAACUUCUACGGGGUCAGUGCCUUUGCCAUCGACUGGCUGUCCAUGUGCUACAUGCUGACCUACAUCCCUCUGCUGCUGCCUGUGGCCUGGCUCCUGGAGAAAUUUGGGCUGCGCACCAUCGCCCUCACCGGCUCUGCUCUCAACUGCCUGGGGGCCUGGGUGAAGCUGGGCAGCCUCAAGCCCCAUCUCUUCCCGGUCACCAUGCUGGGCCAGGUCAUCUGUUCUGUAGCCCAGGUCUUCAUCCUGGGCAUGCCCUCCCGCAUCGCCUCCGUGUGGUUUGGGGCUAACGAGGUGUCCACGGCCUGCUCCAUCGCUGUCUUUGGCAACCAGCUUGGAAUUGCCAUUGGAUUCUUGGUCCCUCCUGUCUUGGUGCCCAACAUCAAAGACAAGGCUGAGCUGGCCUACCACAUCAGCAUCAUGUUCUACAUUAUAGCAGGGGUGGCCACUCUGCUUUUCAUCCUUGUCGUCAUCGUGUUCAAGGAGAAGCCUAAACAUGCCCCCAGCAGGGCCCAGUCCCUGAGCUACACCUUGGCGUCCCCUGAUGCUUCAUAUUUAAGUUCCAUCAUCCGACUCUUCAAAAACCUCAACUUUGUGCUGCUCAUCAUCAGCUAUGGUCUGAAUGCUGGUGCUUUUUACUCCUUGUCCACUCUGCUGAAUCGCAUGGUGAUCUUGCACUACCCGGGGGAAGAAGUGAAUGCUGGAAGAAUUGGCCUGACCAUCAUCAUUGCAGGAAUGUUUGGGGCUGUGAUCUCGGGCAUCUGGCUGGAUAGGACCAAAACCUACAAGGAGACAACUUUGGUGGUCUAUGUCAUGACUCUGGUGGGCAUGGUGGUUUACACAUUUACCUUGAACCUGGGAUACCUGUGGGUAGUGUUCAUCACGGCUGGCGCCAUGGGAUAUUCGGGAUCAUCUUCACCAUCUCCCAGGGCCAGAUCAUCGACACCUACGGAACCAUGCCUGGCAACAUCUUCCUGUGUGUGUUCCUCACGCUUGGAGUGGCCCUCACUGCAUUCAUUAGGGCAGAUCUCCGGAGGCAGAAGGCAAACAAAGAAACACCUGAGAAUAAGCUCCAGGAGGAAGAGGAGAGCAAGACCAGCAAAGCCCCCACCCCUGUGUCCGAGGAGCAUCUCUGAGAGAGAAAGGUGGUGGGACUCGGGCAACACCUGCUGCCACCUCCAGCUAGUCCCGUCCUCCUGGCCAGCACUGCGGGCUCCACUGGAGCAGCUUCUGGAGGGAACCUCGGGAAUAGCUGUGGCUUGGACGGCAGCCCCUCUGCCUCAGGGACCCCCCGCCCAGAGCUUGCGUGUCCACUUGGGGACAGUACCCCUUUCACCCAGUGCAGAUGGGCAUCCCACCCCUCCCCCUUGGCUUCUGGGAGCUGGUGCUGGGAGAGGCCAAGAGAACCCGGGGCCAGUCCUGGCCUCCCGCCUUGCCUUCCCCUGGACGGGCCCUCGGGGAAAGCCUGCACAGUUAUCACGGAGAGAAAGCUUAUUCGGGAGAUGAACAUUUUCUAGUGUCUUAAGACUCUUAGGCACCUCAUUCUAAGGAGCGGCAGCUGCCCCAGGCAGGGGUCCCUCUUGGGCCAUCAGACUGGCUGCUCCAGUUCUGUGGGAGAGAAAACACCCUCAGGACAAACCCCUCUGGACCCUGUGACCAGGUUCUCCUGGCUCAUGUUGGUGUCUGCCUCCAAAUCCUUUUUUUCUAAGAGCUGAUGAAACCAAACAUCAAUAAACUUGACAAAGCUGUGUUGUGACCUGAAGGAGAAGCUGAUUUCAGCGAGUUGACCACCCUGGGAUGUGAGGGUGCCUAUGAGUUUGGGGGUUCCGGUAGCCCGCUUCAGAAACGAGAAGGUUCUUUGCUCCAGAAGCAGCCCUUGCCCGGCGACCGGUGUGUGUGUCCGUCACUUCUGCUGCCUCCGUCUGGACGCUGCCUCAGAGCGUGUUCUCCAGGGCCAGGGCCAGCCCGCCAGCUUCCUAAAACCUUUACUGAGAACUCACCUGGAUCCUUCCUCCCGCGACCUCCCAGGCCCUUCUGCAGAUGGAGGAAAGGGGCAGAGGGGAGGUGGCCCUUGAGUGGGAGGCAGGUGCUGGAUGAGGUGAGUAAGCCUCUUGAACCUCUGGUGGGGCCAGUGUCUGCACCCUCGCCCCCAGCUCGCAGUGCUCUGUUCUCAGAUGUUCUGAAUUUAAAGAGAUUCCCCUUCCCCCAGCCCAGGCUGCCCUCUCCUGCCUUGCCCGCCGUCUGGCUCUAUUCCUGGGCCCGGGUAGUACCUCCUGAACAUGAGACGUUUUGGUCACUUCGCCUAUGCGAUGAGCUCUGUGAUCACAACCACUGGGCUGUUUUGUGGCCACUGCUCGAGAGGAGCCUGGGGUGUGCAUGUGGUUGUGUGUGUGUAUAUGUGUACCGAGAGUGUCUUCACAAUAAAAGAAGUUCACUGGGUUGUUGGGAGGAGUGAGGAGUGGAGAGACAUGGAGAGAGUGUGUGCCUUACUUUUUGAUAAGGAGAGAGUGUUUACUCUUUUAGCCCCUUAAAAUGUGUAAACAAAAUACAAAUGUUUACUGAGCCCAUUGCUUUAUUUUAAAACAUAAUUUGUAUUUUCCAUUGGUAAUACCAAAUGUUUUAAUGCAAUAAAAGAUUCACCGUG